UCCGGUGACAUGGAAAAAUCUCUCAUUUUUCUCACACUCCAAACUCCCCUGGUCUCUCUUUCUUCUGAUAUGAGUGGCUGCGGAUUUUUGUCCUCAGCAGGAAACACCAAUGGAGAAGCUACCGACAGUAAAGUGCUCUCAAGAACUCUGGUUUGCCCUUCUCAUCUCCUCCGCUUUGUGCAUUAUAUUUCUUUCCUUUGAUUACUCUACUUUCUCUGGUCUCAAUCUUUUGCCCAACAAAAAAGUCGACCCAAUUGGGGUUUUGAACCACGCUAUCACGGAUUCAUCAUGUUUUGGUCGUUACGUUUAUAUGCACGACGAUCUUCCUGAAAAAUUCAACUCCGACUUGGUAAGAAACUGUAGGUUUCUCACCAGAGGAACCGACAAGCCAAAUUUAUGUAUGUACUUUGAGAAUUAUGGUUUCGGUCCCGAAAUCCAAAACUCGGAAGGGGUUUUGUCGAACGGGAGCUGGUUUUCCACGAACCAGUUCUUGCUGGAGUUCAUAUUCCACAACAAGAUGAAGCGCUAUAAGUGUUUGACAAACAUCUCCAGUCAGGCUUCGGCCGUUUAUGUCCCGUUUUACGCCGGCCUUGAUGCGAGCCUCCAUCUCUGGGACUCGAAUCUUACGGUUAGAGAUGCCUCGGCGAAAGAACUUGUGAGUUGGCUUGCGAGAAAACCCGAGUGGGGGAAACUGUGGGGGAGGGAUCAUUUCUUGGUUGCCGGGAGAAUUUCUUGGGACUUCAGGAGGCAGACGGAUGAGGUUUCGGAUUGGGGUAGUAAGCUCAGGUGGUUGCCUGAGUCUAUGAACAUGACUAUGUUGUCGGUCGAAGGAAGCUCUUGGAACAAUGACUUUGCUAUACCUUACCCGACAAAUUUUCAUCCCGCGGAGGAGGUCGAUUUGGUUCAAUGGCAGAACAGAAUGAGGAAGCUAGACAGGCCUUACUUGUUCACUUUUGCUGGGGCACCGAGGCCUGACCAGCAGAGCUCGAUUCGGGGGAAGAUUAUCGAUCAGUGCGUAGCUUCGAGUAGAUGCAAGUUAAUCGAUUGCAGUUUGGGCGGUAACAUGGAUUGUGACAACCCGUCGAGUGUUAUGAGGGUGUUUCAGAGCUCGGUUUAUUGCUUGCAGCCCGGAGGGGAUUCAUACACCAGGAGAUCAACUUUCGAUUCCAUUCUGGCUGGUUGUAUUCCGGUUUUCUUUCACCCGGGUGCCGCUUAUUCCCAGUAUUUGUGGCAUUUGCCGAAGAAUCAUAGCAGCUACUCGGUGUACAUUCCGGUGAGGGUUGCGGACGAUAUGCCAGGCAGCAUUGAGGAAAUCUUGCUUGGAAUUUCAAAGGAUAAGGAAUUGUCCAUGAGAGAGGAGGUUAUAAGGCUCAUACCGAAUCUGUCAUACUCGGAUCCCAGGUCUAGAUUAGAGACCGAAGAUGCAUUCGAUUUGGCUAUCAAGGGAAUUCUUGAGAGGAUUGAGGAUGUUAGGAAGGUGAUUAGGGAAGGGAAUGAUCCGAGUAUUGGUUUCGCGGAUGAGGAUAGCUACAAGUACACAUUUCAUCAGAAACAAGAACAAACUUGAUUUGAGUUCAACAGUUCUUUCUGUUUAACAACAGAAUGAGAUGGAAGAGGAGGUGCAGGCCUACAAUGGCAGAUCGCACGUCGAAAGAUUCGAAACUGGAUGAAACAGUGCCAGUUCUUGGUUUUCAGGUCGUUACUGCAGCUGCCAAGAGAUUGUAAAGAAAGAUCGAAAGCAAAAUGCUAUGUUAGAGGUCCCUAUUUCAUACUCCUCUUUCAGAACAUGUACCUAUUUAGCACAAUUAUAAGUUAAAAAUGUAAUGUUCUUUAAAUUUAAACUUAGAAUUAUUCUUUUCAA